CAGGUAUUCUCCCCUCAUCCCCUGCAGGGAUGGAGGAAGCAUCCCAUGCCAGCGCCCUGCCGGUGACCCGGAGGAGGCAGCGGAUCCGCCUUACGCAACGGGCUCAGGGAGCUUCGCGCUGUCCACUCCACACCCUGCCUGGCUGCUCCCGCUCUCCGCCUGUCAGCCCGCCGGGGUGCCGGGAAAUGAGCGGCUGGGAAGAUCUUUUUCCUCUCCCAAUGAUUCCCUCCUGGGCACCAGGCGCUGCCGCUGGGAUUGUCUCCUUGCACCUCAUCCAGAAGCUCCUCUUCCCCUACUUCUGGGCUGACCUGAGAUACCUCCUGAAGGUGUUCAUCUAUGGGUUGAGAGUGGAGCUGUACCAGCGACAAGGGAAGAUUCUCACCGUGCUGGACAAGUUUGUGAAGCUGGCAGAGAAACAGCCCCGCAAGCCUUUCCUUAUCUACGAAGGGAAGGUGCAUACCUACCAGGAUGUGGACAGGAGGAGUAACAGGGUAGCACAGGCCUUCCUACAUCAUGGGGCUCUGAAGAAGGGCGACACAGUUGCCUUGCUGAUGGGCAACGAGCCGGACUUCAUCCAUGUGUGGUUUGGACUGGCCAAGCUGGGAUGCGUGGUGGCUUUCCUCAACUUUAAUGUCCGCUCCAGGUCCCUCCUGCACUGCAUCAGUAGCUGUGACCCCAAGAUACUGAUUGUGGGAGCAGAUUUGCUUGGGACAUUGGAAGAAAUUCUUCCUAACCUCGAAAAAGAUGUUACUGUUUGGAUAAUGACCAAAGAUUCCACUUUUCCAAAUGUGCACAGUCUGUUAGACAAAAUAGAAGCUGCACCUGAAGACCCUGUUCCAGUUAAUCAACGCUCUGCCAACAACCUCAAGUCAUCUGUUUUAUAUAUAUUUACGUCAGGAACAACAGGUCUUCCAAAGGCCGCCGUCAUCAGUCACAUGCAGGUUCUUAAAGGAGCUGCUGGGCUUUGGGCUUUUGGUGCUACAGCAGAAGAUAUAAUUUAUAUUACUCUGCCUCUUUAUCACAGUGCAGCAUCUCUUCUUGGCAUCGGUGGAUGCAUUGAAUUGGGUGCAACCUGUGUAUUAAAAAAGAAGUUCUCAGCUAGUCAGUUUUGGAAUGACUGCAGAAAGUAUAACGUGACUGUUAUCCAGUACAUUGGAGAGCUUUGCCGUUACCUUUGCAGCCAGCCAGUGAAGGAAGGAGAAAAAAAUCACAAAGUCCGACUGGCAGUUGGAAAUGGAGUAAGGAAUGAUGUAUGGAGAGAAUUUUUGGACAGAUUCGGUGCUGUUAAGAUCUGUGAGUUUUAUGGUUCUACUGAAGGAAACAUCUGUUUCAUGAACCACACAGGAAAAAUUGGAUCUGUUGGACGCACUAAUUUCUUUUAUAAGCUAUUUUUCCCAUUUGAUUUAAUCAAGUAUGAUUUCCAAAAAGAUGAACCAAUUAGAAAUAAGCAUGGUUGGUGUGAAAAAGUUAAGAAAGGUGAGGCUGGGCUUCUGAUCUCCAAAGUCAAUGCGAAGAAUCCCUUCUUUGGUUAUGCUGGCAAUAAGAGACACACAGAAAAGAAAUUACUUUGUGAGGUAUUUAAGAAGGGAGAUCUUUAUUUCAACACUGGAGAUCUAAUGGUUCAAGACCAUGAAAAUUUUCUUUAUUUUUGGGACAGGACUGGAGAUACCUUCAGAUGGAAAGGGGAGAAUGUUGCAACUACAGAAGUUUCUGAUGUCAUUGUAAUGUUGGAUUUCAUACAAGAAGCAAAUGUGUAUGGUGUAUCUGUGCCAGAUCAUGAAGGAAAAGCAGGAAUGGCCUGUCUUAUUUUAAAGCAGAAUGCAUCAUUAGACUUGGAGCAAAUGUAUAAGCAAGUAGUGACCUGUCUACCAAGUUAUGCUUGUCCUCUAUUUUUAAGAGUCCAGGAAAAAAUGGAAAUGACUGAAACAUUCAAACAACAAAAAUUUCGACUGGUAGAUGAAGGCUUUAAUCCAUCUACAAUUCCCGAUCCCCUAUAUUUUUUAGAUAAUUCCAAGAAAGCAUAUGUCUUGUUAACCAAAGACAUACAUGAUAUGAUCUUAUCUGGGAAAAUGAAACUUUAAUUACCCUCAUAAUAGGCUAUUAAGGGACAGUCUAUACAAGCUACUGUAUGAGAAAACAGUAACAUGAAUUACCAAUAUUUAUACAUAGUUAUCGAGACUAAUAUUUUGUAUACUUGAUAUUUACAUUAUGAUAUGUUUUCUGUCUUUCCUAACUUGGUCAUUAUUCACUAAAUUUUUUUUUUAGCUCUUGAGAUCAGUUUCUAAGUAAAUGACCUGUAAAAUAUGACUGAAAUGUAUUUUAUCUUAGCUUUGGAAUAUAAAUACUGAGUCUGAUAGUUUUUCUUAGUACUAAAUGAAAAUGAAUGAUAUGUGGUAUGAAACAGUAAAAAAUAUUCAACAUACAAAGACAUUGUGACAGAAGUUGUUUCUAGAGAGAGAAAAUCUGCCAGUAAUAACUAUUUUUAAUAUAGUUUACAUUUCUUAUAUACUUCUGAAUAUGUAUUUUAAGAAAUAAAGACUUGACAAGGAUUGGAAGAGAAAACAACUUUUCUGCAGAGGACUUUUCUGAUGGACCAGAAGAUGAAAGAAAGUUAAUCAGAAGAAAGCUCUUCAAAAAGUUUUAUAGUAAUAUGAUUGCUGAUAUUUUUGUCAUAAUCCAUGCUUUUUCACUUGUUAAACUGGUUGUUUGGAGUGUGACAUUCUGAACACAGAGCAAACUUUUGUGAAAUGUUUAGCAGCAGAUCAACAGUGGGCAGAGAAAAUGCACACAUUUAAUGGGGAAUAUUGCUUAUAUAGCAUACAAAGGCACUUUAUGUCAUGCAAAUUGACUGAAAAAUAUCUUCUCUCCUGCUAAUGACUGCCAGAGAUUAUUAUUUUAUGAGUAUAAAAUAUAGCAGAAAUCAUAAAAUUCUAAACCAUAUCUUUUAAUGCAUUGCGUUUUAAUACUUUAAAAUAAAGUAUGAAAUUAUUUAA